AUGUCACACCAACCGCCCGAGCGAUUCCUACAUCACAAAGUUGCCAUCAUCACCGGCGCUGGGGCUCUCGGAGAUGGAAUCGGAAACGGACGCGCUGCAGCUCUUUUACUAGCUCAAGAUGGUUGUUCGGUGGUGUGUGUCGACUUGAAGCACAACCUGGCCCAGCGGACGGUCGAGAUGAUUGAGUCAAAUGGGAACGGCGCCGGGCUAGCUGUGUCAGCUGACGUGACAAAGGAGGACGAGUGCCAGAAGGUUGUAGCCCUAGCUGUGGAAAAAUAUGGGCGUCUAGACAUCCUAGUGAACAAUGUCGGAAUUACAGGGCCUAAGGGAACCACGACGGAGGUCGACAUGCAGGCCUUUUACAAGGCGAUGGAAGUCAACGUGGGAAGCAUGAUCAUGAUGGCCAAAUAUGCCAUCCCCGAAAUGAAAAAGAAUGACGGCCAGUGCGCAGGGGCGAUAGUCAACCUCGCGAGUGUUGCGGGUCUUCGCGGUGGCCAUCCAGCCAUAUUCUAUCCGACGUCCAAGGGAUCCGUCGUCAACCUAACCCGUGCGAUGGCAACCCACCAUGGGAAGGACCGCGUCAGAGUGAACUGCGUCUGUCCAGGAAUGGUCUACACUCCCAUGAUGUACGGCGUCGAGGGUGGUAUGUCCGAAGCAGAGCGAAAGGCACGGGCUUCCCGCAGCAUCCUACGCACAGAAGGGAGUGGUUGGGACGUCGGAGCCGCGGUGCGUUUUCUGGCUUCUGAUUGUGCUCGAUGGAUAACCGGUAGGCAGCACCCUGCCAAAGAAAGUGGAUUCCAUACUGCACAGUUGGCAGUCAAAGACAACGCUGAUGGAAACUAG